AGGAGAGGGAGAGGGAGAGGGAGAGCGGGAGGGUUGAGUUUUGGCGCCAAGGAAGGUCGGCGGGAUUUCGUUCGUCGCUCGCCGAUGGAGCCCGUGAUCGAGCCUCUCGACGCCGACGGGACGUCCUUCUCCGUCCGCUUCCUCGUUCAAGGAAAGGAGAUGCGUCUCAAACUCCACAACGUGCCCUCCUCGAAGAGGUCGGGCUCGGUGUUGAAAGGUACGUUAUCGAGCGUCAGGCUGGAGGGCGACCCGGAGAUCCGCUCGUUGCUUUCUGGCUUCGAACGCCUCAUUCAGCAGAGGCUAGACAACAGUGAAAAUAUUGUGCUGUUCAUAUCAGAAAUGAAGGAAAUACUGGCAUCCAUUGAGCAAGUUACUUGCAGAGGUUCAUCUCGGCCAGCUUCUUGGUACCGCUCCUUGUAUGCUGAAAUUGAAGAAGUUGGCUGGGAAAAUUUAUCGAGUGUUGGCGAAGCUCUGACCUCUCUAAAAUUUUCUAUCAUGGACACGAAUGGCAAGGUGCACAAACUGAAUAUGAGUUUGGGCAAAGAUUAUCCACAUUGUGCACCUUCUAUUGUGGCGGAUGUUCCUUUCUCCUGUGAGUUACGAUGGUCAAGCAAAUGUAGAUUGAAAGAUGCAGUACACCAAUUUCACAUGCACUUAGAAAAAUUUCAAGAAUUUUGGUCUAUUCUUGAUGACAUUGACACGACACUGUGCGUUUUGGAACCUCAACCUUCAUCACGUGCAGCAUCAUAUCGUCAUGUGGGCCUAGGGAAUGAUUGCACACUUUUGGUAUCAAUCGACCCUUAUAAUGCAAGGUCUCUCCCACAGUGUCGUUUCUUUGGUGCAGCUCCAAUGAUAAAUUCUUUAUGGCGAAAAUGGAAGCAAAACGAUCAAAGAUGGAGAUCUGAUGUUUCCUUCCGUGAAAACCUGGAGUGCAUUCUUGGAAUAAGGCUACCUGUGGCUCCUAGUGCCAUGGACAACCAUCCUCAAAUUGAUUGUGGUAUUUGUUAUGCCUGUUACUUACCUGAAGAUGGCAAACUGGGAGUUGAACGUGGAAGCAUGCCUGGCUAUGUGUGUGACAACGAGAGAUGUGGCAGAGCUUUCCAUGUUAUAUGUUUGAGAGAUUGGUUGCAGUCAAUUACUACUACACGGAAGUUGUAUGAUGCUCUAUAUGGAAAUUGCCCAUACUGUUCUGAGCCCGUGGCAGUUAAAAUUUAAGUUGCAUUAAUGUGUGGAGGUGAUACUCCGGUUAGCUGUCUGCACAACAUGCAUGUUGUUGUUUUGGUCCAAGUUUCUCAAUAAAAGCACGAAGUGUGAGAGCCAGGGGAAAAGGCCGGCAAGCUUAUGCACGAAGCUGCACAGGGGGUUGGUGCCUGUGGAAGUUGAAGGAGCUACACACCACCCCCCCCCCCCCCCCCCCACCCCCCACUAAAAGUAGCUUGUCUCACCAGCUAACCAAUCCUCUUGGAGCUCUCACUAAAAGCAGAAUGUCAGAUAAGUACAGGUGCAGGACGCAGGAUACAGUGCACAGUUAGACAAGAAUCAGUCUGAGUUUGUUCUCAUAGAUAUGGAUCAGAAUGAGACCUGGCGUUACAUAAAUAGUUUAAAAGCUGGUUUCGAAGAAGCAAAAGAUUAUGAAGCUAUUUUGAAGUGCUUCAUUUUCCUUUCAUGUUUUAUGAUUAGGUUGGGCAAGUACUUGGCAAUUCUUGACUCUUCUUCCCCAAUCGAUGCCAGGGAGGUGGACUUUUGUGGAGAGUUGCACAUUCAACCUGCAUACGCAAAAUUAGAGGGACAAAUAUCAAAAUAAGCACUUAACAUGGUUUUACAUGAAUCAGGCUGCAUCCACCAUCUGUCGUGACCGUUUUCUGUUUUGAGAUACUUGCAAGGAAGAUCACGUCCUACCGUCAGAUCCCCACUAAAGGGAUAAAAUACCUUUUGUUUUCUUCCCCAUAUAAUAUAGUUCGUAAUGAAGGACAAGUUCUACUUUUUCUAA